AUGGGUGUAAAUUCAAUCUCACGCACAUUAGAAAUCACAGUUAUAUCUGGCGAAAACAUUCAUGCAUCAGAGGACGCGUACGUUGUCGUUCGAGGUGAGUCUCUAAAUUGUCACACAACAAAAACAGUGAAAGCUAACGGUGUUGGAGACAAGUCGAGUUUCCUUUCGUGGAAUGAGAAGUUCCUGUUGGACAUGCCAUUGCAUGCAAGGUCAAUCACGUUUGAGGUGCAAAGCAACAAGUUCAAAGGCGUUCGUCCUAUUGGAGUUGCAAGAAUCGCGCUUGUGGAUAUUCUUGAUGGCAAUGAAUCGGAAAAUUGCAUGCAAGUUUUGAGGUAUAGAUUGAGGGAUUGGGAAGGGAGGAAAAAUGGAGUUAUUCAUUUUGGUGUGAGGGUGGUUGUGCCGGAGAAAAUAUCGGUUACCACGCCCGAAAUCGACACCCUCAUGAAUGGAAAGAAAAAUUAUGGUGGCAAGAAUUCUAAUGGUCUUGUUAUUGGUAUUCCUAUUUGGUGGAACUACUACCCCAAUAGUAUUAUUUAA